AUGGAUCGGGCGGCAAUAGAGACUAAUCCUUCACCUCGAGAUUGGUUGAACCAGAGCCUCAAAGUCGAGCCAGGUUUCACGGCGACCUCGACCUCACGACGAGUCGUCUGCAGUACCGGAACCGUCAACACAUCCGCCUACUUCAGUGCCACCACAACGGCUCACUUCGAAAGCACUGAGGGUAAUUCAGACUACACCGCAUUCACAAUUCCCCGUCUUGGAGCCACGUCGACUAACCCCAAUUCGACAUUCCCUGUCCACCACGCUUUCGGACCCCCACCACCAUCUCAAACAGGUGUUUCACCGCCCAUGGUACCUACCCACCCCGUGGCACCACCUGCAGACCCCUCUGGAACUCUAACUCGAGCGCACGCAAUGCAUUCCCUCUUUGAAACCUACACAACAUUUGAAAGUGGAACUACUCGACAACACACAAGUGUUCGCAUGGACCAUCACAUUCUUCCAACCCACCCAGUGAAGGCUGGACGCUGUAGAAAGGACUCGGGAUCUUCAACAGAGGACAAUGGAAAGGAAAGUGCAUCCGGUGAUUUGGAAGCCGGUUCUGGUUCAGCUGUCGUUUCGAGAGCAUCUUACAUGUGUCGCAAGUGCAAGGCGCAUGGUCAGGCGGUGCCAGUGAAGAGGCACAAACGCGCGUGCCCCUACCUCCAGUGUCGCUGUUUAAAGUGCCGAUUAGUUGAUCAGGGCCGCAAGGUGGUAGCCAGGCAAAUCGCCCUCUAUCGAGACCAGAAAGGUCACUCUGGAAACUUCGGCGGCAGCAGCAGCAACUCACGAGGCAAUCCAAGGCACUCUCGAGACGACAACGCCUCUUAUUCACGUCUCACAGGUCUUCGUUCGAACCCCCUUCUCCAGUUACCCUUUCCCCGCGAACUUCGAUUGGACGAAAAUCGAAUUCUACCAUCUCUGAUGAAUAGCCCGAGUGCCAAAGUUGGCCCGAAUUCAGCUCCCCUUAUUCCUGGGAGGAGUGUUGUCGGUCCACAUUGUCGAAGAUGCCGGAAUCAUAAUGUUGCCGUGACCUGGAAGGGACAUAAGAAAUCCUGUCCAUACAGAAAUUGUCCGUGUGAUCCAUGCAGACUCAUAAACGUCCGCAAGGACACAGAAAAGACCUUGAGAGAUAUGGCUGGAAUUGAGGAGAAAUCAGUGUUGCCCACUGCUCUACUCUCCGAAGAAUCUCCAACCACAGCAGCCAGUUCAGCCGCCUCCACAGGAAUGCCAAACUUCUUCCCCUACCUCACACCGGUGAACAACGCGACACAAGCAACAGAAGUGGAAGAAGCCUCAGCAAAUAACCCCGAACAACCAUCCUGGCAUGAAACGCCAUUUAUACAUCGUCCUCCACGAAGAACAAGAUCACUUCAAGACCUAAACGCUCAGAUAUCCGUUUCAGAACCCCAAAUGAAUGAUCAAGGAGGUAAUCAUACGAAUACUACCACUAAUGAACAAACUCGUGAAAGUCCUCUUGAGGCUUCUAGAAACCCAGUUCCGUCUGCUAACAGCAGUAACAGUGGGAGCACAGCUAACACCUCCCACUCAGCAAAUAAUACAAGUAAUAGUACUAAUGUCAAUAACAGUAGUACAUUUGAGCAGUGCCACAGAAACGCAAAUUAUGAUGUAUAUUAUGAGGAGAAGGCACCGAGACCAGUUUUACCCUUCUGGCAGAGUUUCGGUCAUUUUGAGGAGAAGCCCUCUGUCCCAGGUCAAGGAUACAUUGGUGGUUACUAUGGCCUUGAAAACGGGCGUGUAUUCCAUGGCAACAGUCAGGGCCAUCAUCAUAUGUACAGCCCUGAGAGGGUGUCCGCCGUGGCCGCAGCGGCUGCAGCAGCAGCGGCGAUGGUAGCCAUGACUCCACCAAUCAGUGGAAAUUAUCAACAACCGUGCUAUCCACAUCAAAGUAGAUCAGGUGGACUCUGUCAUCCACAGCACUCAGAUCACCUGGGAUACACCCCAGCAGAUGAGUUCAACUCCGCUGGAAUGUAUCAAAAUCGUUUUCUCACUGAUCGAAGUCGUGGCGAUGAAUACGUCGGAAGCACCAAUACAGGAAAUAACGGAAGUUGGGGAACGUACAGAUACCCAUAUAUGAUGAGAGGUCUGCCGUUUCACCCCGGAGAUCCGGGUGAUUCUGAAUUUGGAUUUACAGGAUCUCAAAGGCAUGGCAAAAUAGGAAUGACAAAGAUUGUGGACGAAUCUAUUUACUCAAGACCGAAUGCUGCUCAAGUUUGGAGAAGUCAACUUCAUCAGCUAAGUAUUUCCCAACUAAGACCAAUGGAGUCGGAUGAGAUGAAAACUUUCCAGCACAUUGAGUGUGAAAGCAAAAUAAAUGAUGUGAAACGAAGUGCAACCGACGAAGGGUCAAGGGUUCAAGCGUCUAACGCUAGUUUAGGAAUUAGGGGUGAAAUUGAAAGCGGUCAGAGAUCAACUGGAGGGUUUGGAGAAGAAUUUCCAUCCUCCAAUGGAAGUCGACCACUUCCUGCUCAACAAACUUCCCAACAAAAUCCCACCCAGCAAUCGUCUGGAGAUAUGAUCUUUGAAGCAGAUCCAAGAUCCACUUCAGAAAGUCAAGUGAGUGCGCAGUAUCGUCAGUACAAUACUACAGGUGGUGGUAACAACAGCUCACCCUUCGCGCAGAUCGAUGAAGGACAACCACCACCACACCCCUUCCCCUCGACUGUCGGCGCGGAGACAUGA